AUGGUCGCUGCCUACGCCUCUUCGGCUGCUAAAACAGGCGCUGUAUUGGUCAAUUGCUGCGGAUUUGAGAGCAUUCCAUCGGACCUCACGACGUUCUUAAUGAGCGACUACAUCCGGCACAACCAUCAUUCAAGUACGGGCGUCAUUGACCUCUACUUCACUGGCAUGAAGGGCGAACCGAGUGGGGGCACUCUCGCAUCAGCGUUUGCAAUCAUGGACACGUCUUCGUCUGAACAGCUGCGGGCUUCGCGCAAUCCCUUCUUCCUGACGGACGAGAAGACAAUUGCUGGAAAGAAGGCAGCAGGUCUUGUCGAGCCCAAUGCGAGUGGCAUCCUCGUGCGUUACGACAUGAUCGUGCGCACUUGGCAUUCGCUGUUUAUCGGUGGGCCGAUAAACCAGGCUAUCGUGCACCGUAGCAACUACCUUCUGCAGAACAAGUACGGCAAUAACUUUGUCUACCGAGAGCGAAUGGCCAUUGGCGGGUUCUUCACGCAAGUGCUUGUAACUAUCGGGACGAUCAUCGUGGCCACUGCACUGUACUUUGGCUGGACCCGUGCGUUGCUAAAGCGUCUCGUGCGGGCUCCUGGCCAGGGGCCAUCGGAGGAGUCGAUGUUGCAAGGCUAUUUCGUCGCGGAUGCCGUCGGGUACACGGAUGACGGCAAGGUAGCGGUGCGGACAAAAGUUGCUGGGUCGGGAGACCCCGGCUAUUAUCUCACGUCGCGACUUGUAUCGGAGUGUGCGUUCUGCCUCGCGAAGGACGAGUUCGGUGAGUCCACAUGUCUCGAAGGUGGCUUCUACACGCCGGCCAGCGCCUUUGGUCGCAAGUUGGUUGACCGCCUUCAGCAAAAGAAGCUCAUGACUUUCGAGCUCAAGAACGUGGAUCAAACCGCGGCAGGGAGUGGCCAAAUGCUUUGA